ACUCCUUUUGAUUCGGACUUCGAUUACGGUGCUUGACCCACAUGACAAUUGUGAGCCGAGAGCGCCAAAGGCUUGAAGGGAGAAGGUGGGCCGACCGCUUACCAUCCAACGUAAGAUGGACAAAGAGCCGGCAACGCUCCCCAAAUUUCGUUCCCCCCUGCCUCGUCGCUUGCUGAAACGGUGGCUGUCCAUAACACAGUGGCACCGACACGAGGAAUGCUAUCACGGGAGCCCGAUGAUCCAGCCCAUCUCUAAAUUUCGAAAGAAGCACUUAGGCGAGACAUGACUCUCCCUGAAAAACCCAGACGCCAUCUUGUUCCGAGGAAGCACGCGGAGGACUGCAGACGGACCGAGGGAGUACUUACCAACUCAACAGUCGUGCGCGGCACCACCUCACACGAUUGUCUCCGCGCGAGCCACUGUACGGCAUGGCUGAGAUGGCCUUGCUUUUGCUUAUAAGGAGGUGACGCCGACAAGCCAUCCGCCCGCUCUUCUCUCCGAAACUUGGUCUUUUCGACUGGCGUUAUUUCCACUCCUUUUCUCCUUACGUCAUGUCUUCAGCAUUUUAUAACACCCUCGGCUGUAUCCUCGUGGGAAUGAUUUUCAACACCUGUCUCAUGGGCGUGCUCAUUCCUCACUUCUACAGAUAUUGGGCGACAAAAUUCAAUGAUCCGCUCUGGAUCAAGCUCUUCGUGUUGUUUCUGUUUCUUUUCAAUGCGAGCCAGACUGCGGCUGUAUGUUAUCUCACCUGGUUCUUCAUGGUGGAAAACUUCACGAAUAAAGCCGCAGUGCAAAUCGACCUGUGGCCAUUUCCGUAUACUGCGAUCAGCAAGUGGCCGCUCAAAGUCAAUUCACAAGGACUCAAACCUUUCGCAGGCACAGCCAUCCUGGCCCUCAUUUUCCAAGUAUUCCAGACCUGGCGGAUGUAUGCGUUCAACAAAAACAAACCGCUCGCUCUUUUCCUCGGCGCCACCGCACUGGCGACCUGCGGGCUCGGCGUCGCUGCGGGAAUCCGGUCGUGGAUCCUGGCCGAUCUCAAGAAGCUGUUCGUUCUGGGACCCAUCGUGAAGGCGAACCUGGCUAUGCAAUGUGGGCUCGACAUCUUCAUCGCCGCCGCUCUGAGCGUCAUCUUCGAGCGUUCCAAGACGUCGCUCAAGCGCACGGACCAAGUCCUCAACCGUCUCAUACAGACCGCUGUCCAAUCUGGGUUUUUCACCGCCGUCUUUGCAUUGGGGUCUCUCUUCGCUUUCCACUUCGGCCCUCGCACGUCUGUGAUCUCCGUGUUCGCGUUGCCCAUCGGGCGCAUAUACACCCACACACUGAUGGACCACUUCAACAGCCGCCUCGAGCUGCGCCGGCUGCUCAACAACGACGGCAACGUCAUCACGAUGCCGCAGUUCGCCGGCCCGCACGGGCGCGCGGGAGCUGUGGACACGAUCAUGCUGUCGAAUUCGCGCUUGAACGCGUCCGAGAGCACGGAGCACAUCGGUAAAUCGGACUUGAACAUGAGUGCCGUCGAAUUCAGUAGACCUGAGCCUGAUGUGUAGGCAAAAUGAUUGACUUGCAUGGCGGAUGGCAUCCCGGUAGCGGAUAGAUCUGAGACGAUCCAAAGGAGUACUUAUAUCUUGCUGUAUUCGGGCAUGAAUGGCUCGGAGCAGGUGACAAGCGACAAAGAGGUGAUGGCGGGUGGACACGUGAUCUGCCGUGUCCCGAUUGACAAUGCUCUUGGCGUCUUGGUCUUCUUUGUCUGUGCACUGGAUCUUUCAUGACUUGAUCCUCAGACCAUCGAACUCACUUCAAGGGGCUGGAUGCUACGUUUGAAGGUCCACCACCAGUUCGCGGACGAAAUUGUGAUGACUGCCGUCCCCACCCCCGCCUCCACUCGCCUCUAUCUUAUCUAUGCAGGACGGCGAUCGCGGCUGCUCUGUCAAUCAGCUUGUUCAAAGCGCAUCAGACAAUGGGCGCGCCUUAACAAAGGGACCACGACGCGAGGCUUGCUUGAUGCAUGGCUUUGAUUUGGAUGGACUGCCUUUUCUGGAGGUCAAUGGAUGGUCUGCGGUAUGUCGGGCGCGACUAUAAAGCUCGGCGCAGGCCCCCGAGUCUGGUGGCACGUCUAUCUAUCCCUGUCCUUUGCACUCCAGCUGAAGCGCAAGACACACCGACAUGCCCUCUUCCAAGUCUUACCCGAGCAACCCACCUCCUCCGCCCACCCAAACAGCAGAUGUGCGUGACACCCGUGUUUCCCUAAUCUUAAGUGUAUUCUGACGCUCGGGAUUCAGCUCCCAGACGAGAAUGCCCAGAGCUGGAUGCGCUUCCAAGCGCGAAUGCGUGAACCGGUCUGUGACUGUUACAUGAUUCGUGCCACCGCUCACUCGCUUACCUCUACCCACAGGAGGCUCAAGAAUGGCUCGCGGCGUUCGAAAAGUGU